AUGCGUGAACGAGACCUUGACUCAUAUUCUCCGGAACCCAUAAGCAAAAGGCGUCGUAUUUCUACUUCCCCCGCGCGGGGUGUCUCCGUUGAAGCUAUGGCUCCUACUCCCCCCACUAUUGAGCUCACUCCGAUUGAAAGCACCCUUCGAACCCUCCUCCUUGAUGUCGCGCAAUACAUAAGCGAAAAGAACCAUGUCGAAGGUGACAGUGCUGGAGCUAGUGCCAGUGAGACCGUCCUUCGGUUCACUGGUGGCUGGGUUAGAGACAAGCUGCUUGGGGUAGAAAGUCACGAUAUCGACGUGGGGAUCAGUAAUAUGACAGGAUACCAGUUUGGGCUGUUCUUAAAGGAGUACCUUGACGAUUCUCAAAAUCUUGAAAAAUACAAAAAGAGUCUCCCGACCGAGGGCAUGAGUGAUGCGAUUGUUAGCUUGCACAAAAUCGAGGCGAACCCAGAAAAGUCGAAACACCUGGAAACGGUGACAACAAAGAUUUUUGGACUUGACAUAGAUUUGGUCAAUCUCCGCAAAGAAACAUACUCGGACGAUAGCCGAAAUCCGCAAAUGGAGUUUGGUACGGCAGAAGAGGACGCAUUACGACGAGACGCCACUAUCAAUGCCUUAUUCUACAAUUUGAAUGAAUCAAAACUGGAGGAUCUGACCCAACGAGGUCUAGACGACAUGGAAAAACGCGUGAUUCGUACUCCCAUGGAGCCAUACCAGACCUUCAAGGAUGACCCGCUCCGUGUACUUCGCUUGAUUCGAUUCGCCAGCCGAUUAGGAUAUUCAAUCGACUCAGAAACCGAGACUGCAAUGCAAAACGAAGAUAUCAGGGCAGCACUCAAGCUCAAAAUAAGCAAGGAAAGAGUUGGCACAGAGCUGGAGAAAAUGCUUCGAGGCCCCGACCCACACGGUGCAUUGAAAUUCAUUGACCGACUCAAUCUGUACUCAACAAUUCUUGCCAACCAUCAAGAUGCGGUUACAGUUGACACAUCAAAGUGGCCUCUCGCUUACGAUGCACUCGCGGAAUUAUUACAUUCGACCACGAACGCGACAUUGCAGCGCGUACGUCCUAUUCUUGUGCCUGACGAUACCACCGCAUAUUACGCAUGGAUGAUUGCAGCCUUCGCGCCGUGGACAUCUAUUCCUCCCCGCGAUUUAUCAUGCCCGAGGCCCAAGCCCCCUCCUGUUCGUGCAGUCGAGGUUGGUAAGGACAGCCUUCGUACUGAUAACAAAACCCUUACCAUUCUUCGCGAUGCUACUUGCAAUUACCAAAAUAUUACAGCCUGCAAGUCCUCCUUGCUAGGAAACACUCUCCAUGGCACACCUGCCGAGGUUCGGCAACAGAUCGGACUCCAAAUCCGGUCUUGGGGCAAAGACUGGAAGCUUUGUAUUAUCUUGGCCAUCCUGCAAGAAGUAAUGCAGACACGCCACUUCAUCGAUGUGACCCAAGAAUAUGAUCAAUUCCUCUCAUACAUAGUAAAAAGUCAGCUCGAGAAUGUCUGGGAUCUAAAGCCCAUCGUUAAUGGUGGAGAUAUUAUCUCCGCUCUGGGUGCCAAGAAGGGUCCCUGGAUGAGCAAAGCGACCACCAUGGUGGUAGAAUGGCAGUUGCUGAAUCCUGAUACAGACAAGGAAGCGGCGCUGGCAGAAAUCGGACGGCGACGUGCAGAGCUGGGGCUGUAG